GCAUUGGAAUUAUCUUUUCCUUCGGUAAAAAUUUCCCUUAUUUAUAGUAGCCCAACCCGUCUAAUCCUAAAUCAUUACCCCUAAAUUUCAAUCUUCAGGUUCCAGUUUCCACGACCGAGAAAACCUAAUUCGAAGCUUGAAAAAGUGCCUUCAGCAACCUCCCUUGUUUUUCUUGUGUUUGGUUUGGUCGUCGCGGAGUUCUUGCUCGAUAGAUUCAUCUUUCCGCGCUACAAUAAUGUCGUUUCUAAGGAAAAUUAUCCUUAGAAAAGCCCACAAGAAGCGAGGACAAAAGAACUUGAAAAGAAAAUCUGUGCUUCUUGAAGGGAACGAGGAUUAUAACAGGCCCACAAGAGCCGAGAGUAUAUACACUACGCAGGAAUUUCUAGAGCUAAGAGCUGAGGUGAAUGAUCUGAAUGCGGAGCUGGAAGAGCUAGCCUCUGAGGUUCGUGAGGCAUGUGCAGAAUUAGAUGAGGAAGAUGCCGAGAAAGAUGCUGCUAUCGAAAAACUAUAUGCUGAGUAUGAAGAGGUGGAAUGCGAGAUGCAAGCUGAUAUAAGGAGAAUGAAAGAAUUAUGGACAUUGUAUGAGGAUAUGUUAAAGAAGCGCAAGGCAGCUUUUAGGAAGAGAAUUGGAUUUAUUGACGAUGGAGAUGUUACAGAAAGUGAAGGCCAAAUCUCUUAGAAAUUGAAUAAGUAAUAAUAUAUAUUCAAAUCACCGCCCAAUAACUUUGAAGUCAUAUAGUUUCCCUUUAAUCUUAGCUAUUUAAUUUAUUAUCCAGCCGUUGUUUUUCUAUUGCUGAGCUCCCGGCUGUUGUUGAUUCUUCAAAAAUAUUUGUUUAAUCUUUCUUGGAGUUUUAUGCUAUAUAUCCAUAAUCUCUUUCUUUUUAUGUUAAAA